AUCCACCAGCUCUCCUUCAGCAUCUCCCGCCUGGAAACCCCAGGAGAGGAGCUGCCCCCCAGGACACCUCUGCUGAGCAUCCCUUAGCACAACAUAUGUUACAGCAACACGCACGGCUGCUCUCCCCUUCCAGGAAAGACGAGAGGGAGGAAGAGGGAAGGGACAGAAGGCAGCUGCAGAGUUCUCCAGGGAUUUUCCAUGUAAUCGAUGCUGGCCGGUCCCCCCGGGAGCUGCCGCCGGCCGCGGCUCCGUGUGCGGAAUGUGAGCAUCACCCGGGGGCAGCCUGGCUCCCGGAGCUGAUCCCCCUGCUCUGAUGCCGUUCUGGAUGUCCCGGUGAGAACUCCCAGAGAUGCCUAUUCUCUCCAGAGGCAGUGACCAAGACUAUAGCAACAUUAGCUACAACUCCUGCAACUCCUUGAGCCACCUCCUUCCCAUCUGCGUGGAAACCCCUUCUGUCAAGGGGGUCCAUUACCAGAGAGCCAGGAGGAUUUACCGCCCUGACCAAGUGUCUGCAGCCGAUCUAAAGACAGAGAUCAUGAUCAACGUGGGAGGCAUCAAGUACCUGCUGCCUUGGAGUACUCUGGACGAGUUUCCCCUGACCAGACUGAGCAAACUAAAGCUCUGCAGCAGCUACGAGGAAAUCAUCCAGCUGUGUGACGAUUACGACGAAGACACCCACGAGUUCUUCUUCGACAGGAACCCCAACGCUUUCGGGAUGAUUGUCAGCUUCCUAGCCGCGGGGAAGCUGAUGCUCUUGAGAGACAUGUGUGCCUUGUCUUUCCAGGAGGAGCUGAGGUACUGGGGCAUUGAGGAAUCCAACCUGGAGAACUGCUGCUUCCGGAAACUGUUCCAGAAACUGCAGGAGCUGGCCGAGGUGCGCAAGGAAGAGGAGCUCCGCAGGAGCAAGGAGGCUUCGUGUGUCUUGGAUGAGAAAACCAGAUUCGGGCAGUUCAUGAACAGACUCAGAGACAUGGUGGAGAAUCCCCAGUCAGGACUGCCAGGCAAAGUCUUUGCUUGUCUCUCCAUCCUCUUUGUGGCCACCACAGCUAUCAGCCUCUGUGUGAGCACAAUGCCAGACUUGAGAGCUGAAGAGGACAGGGGCGAGUGUUCCCAGAAGUGCUAUUACAUCUUCGUCAUCGAGACCAUCUGCGUGGCCUGGUUCUCCCUGGAGUUCUGCCUCCGCUUCAUCCAGGCCAGGAGCAAGUGUCAGUUCUUCAAAGGCCCCCUGAACAUCAUCGACUUCGUGGCCAUCUCCCCGUACUACGCCUCCCUCAUCUUCUCGGAGGACGAGGCCGGCGAGGAGGAGGACAGGCCGAGCAGCAGCACGUACCUGGAGAAGGUGGGGCUGGUGCUGCGGGUGCUGCGGGCGCUGCGCAUCCUGUACGUGAUGCGGCUGGCGCGGCACUCGCUGGGGCUGCAGACGCUGGGGCUCACCGUGCGCCGCUGCACCCGCGAGUUCGGCCUGCUGCUGCUCUUCCUCUGCGUGGCCGUCACCCUCUUCUCCCCGCUGGUCUACCUGGCCGAGAACGAGUCGGGCAGGGUGCUGGAGUUCACCAGCAUCCCCGCCUCCUACUGGUGGGCCAUCAUCUCCAUGACCACCGUGGGGUACGGGGACAUGGUGCCGCGCAGCGUGCCGGGGCAGAUGGUGGCUCUGAGCAGCAUCCUCAGCGGGAUCCUCAUCAUGUCCUUCCCCGCCACCUCCAUCUUCCACACCUUCUCCCACUCCUACUCCGAGCUGCGCAAGGAGCACGAGCGGCUGCAGUCGCGGCUGAGCCGCGCCAAGAACGGCAGCUGCUCCAGGGAAAGCGACACCUUCAAUGAGACUGACAGCCUGGUGCUGGAGGGACAGGCAUCCCCCAUCAAGUACAUCUACACAGGGAACUGAGCCUGGAGUCACAGUCAAACUCAUCUACGCAGGGAACCGAGGCUGGCAUCCUCCAUCAGAUAAAUCCAUAUAGGGAACUGAGCCUGGAGCCCCCCAUCAAAUACAUCUGCACAGGGAACUGAGCCUGGAGUCUCCCAUCAAAUACAUCUACACAGGGAACUGAGCCUGGAGUCUCCCAUCAAAUACAUCUACACAGGGAACUGAGCCUGGAGUCCCCAGUCAGAUAAAUCCACACAGGGAACUGAGCCUGGAGUCACAAUCAAACACAUCCAG